GCUCCGCUCCCCGCUCCUCCUCCCGCCGGGCCCGCAGGGGACAGCGACACUCGCCAGGCGCCUCCGUCCCGGCGCUGCCCCGCGCCCCCGCCGCUCGAUAAGCACUUUCUGAGGACUGAAGUACCUGCCCAGGGAGCAUCUGCUUGUGAGGUGCAGAGGCGCUCAGGCAUGGCGGAGCUGGAGCACAACCUGAGCCUGGCCGACGCGCUGACGGAGCCACCCCACGACGUGGAGGAGGAGGUGAAGAGAGACUUCAUCGCCACGCUGGAGGCCGAGAAGUUCGACGACGUGGUUGGAGAGACCGUGGACAAGACAGACUACGUGCCCCUGCUGGACGACGAGGACGACGCAAAGCCCGGCAGCCAGGAGCCCAGGAGCAAAGGGCACGCGGACGGGAUUCCCGCGGAACAUUCCUCAGCCUCUGGGCCGAUGGUGGUGGAGAACGGCGACCACGGGCUGCAGGAUCCUGGCACAGUAUUCCCAGGAGAAAUCAUGGAUGAGAAGAUGUCCUACAAAGAGUUCCUGGAUCGCAACGACUCCUGGUCAGCGGAGGAGAGGGACCUGUGCUUCAAACCCAUGGACAUGGCUGACCCCUUCAGCACGCGCAGAGGGGAGAACCUGCCGGAUUUGGCCUUCCCCACGGACAUGAAGAACGUGCCGCUGUUCCCGGGCCACGCCGAUGCCGCCAGGGACAUCCUCGCUCCACAUGGGCCCAUGAUGGGACAUGAGCAACCUUUCCUGGGGUCCCUGUAUUCCCCUGCAGAGGCUCUGGACCCGUCAGCCUUCAUCGGCCUCGAGUCAGGCACUGAAUUCCUGUCAGGAAAAGCAGCACCUGAAGAAUACUGGAUGGGAGCUCAGCAGGACAUGAAGGGACCAGAUACCUCUUUCUUUGUUGAGCCACCAGUGCCCCCCACAGCCACGGAAGCCAUAAGGACGAGCCUGCCCGAGAGCCCCACGGCAGCGGCAGCACCCGGGGACCUUCCUGCCCCAGGCUCAGCAUUCCCAGGAGAGGCUGCAGCCACGGAGGGACCAAAGGGCUGCACACCAGGUGCAGCCUCCGUUCCCACCGCCGACGCCGCGUCCCUUCCCGCCGAGGAGGCUGGGGCCGUUCCUGCUGGAGACCCCAAACCUGCCCCAGCUCCAGCCCCAGCUGCAGCGGCCAACCCUCCCCAGGCCACGGACGGGGGGUUUCCUCCUGAACCCGAUGCCAACGCUCCCAAAGGCGUCCGUGACGUGUCCACCCCGGGGACAGAGCUCGGCUUCGCCCCGGGGACAGAGCUCGGCUUCGCCCUGGCAGCAGAUGCUGGAUCCCACCGUGGGGUGGAGCUGGGAUUUGCCCCAGCAGCAGGUGUGGAGUCCCACCAGGACAUGGAUUUGGGAUUUGCCCCGGCAGCAGAUGCAGAACCUCACCAUACUUUGGAUUUGGGAUUUGCCCCAGCAGCAGGUGUGGAGUCCCACCAGAACAUGGAUUUGGGAUUUGCCCCGGCAGCAGGUGUGGAGUCCCACCAGAACAUGGAUUUGGGAUUUGCCCCAGCAGCAGGUGUGGAGUCCCACCAGAACAUGGAUUUGGGAUUUGCCCCGGCAGCAGGUGUGGAGUCCCACCAGAACAUGGAUUUGGACUUUGCCCCGGCAGCAGGAGCGGAACCUCAGCCUGCCUUGGAUUUGGGAUUUGCUCCAGCAGGAGAUAACAAAGCUCAGCACGUUGUGGGCUCUGAGUUUGGCCCAGCAGCAGAAGUCAACCAUCACCAUGGCCUGGAUUCUGGGUUUGCUCCUGCAGCUCCAGCCAAGCCUGUCCCUGCCGUGGACGCCGGGAGCGUGUCAGUGGCAGCUCAGCCUGGCCCUGCAGCUGCCCCCAGGGUUGCUGUGUCUGAGGAGCUGCUGACAUCCCAGCAGCAGGACAAACCUGCAGAAACAACAGCCAAGCUGGCAGCGGACUCCAAAGUCGGAGGUGGUGGGGAUGACUCCGAGAAGAUGAAGGACAGGAAACCCCCCCCGAGCCCCCCGGAUGAGAACAUUCCCGGGAAAACCAAGCACCACUGGGAGCCAGCAGCUGAAGCAAAAGGAGCACUAGAAAAUAAAGAGCUUCCAGAAAAAUCUGCUCCUGCUGAGAAUGGCCAGGCACAAAAGGAGGAGGCCGAGCACAACCACGUCCAGCACGCGGAACCUCAGGAAGGGAAAACCCUGCAGGAGCCCACAGGUCUUCCCACUGCACAAGUCAGGCAAGCUCCCAAAUCCAGGGACCGUGGGUUUGGCAGAGCAAAGCCUGCCCCAGUGCCUCUCACAGAUGUGCCAGAGGAGCAUCCCGUAGGUCUCCCACAGCAGAAGAGUCCUGAGCCCAGAGCACAUCCCUGUUCCACAGCGGAGCUUGGCUGUGGUGCUGGAACAUCCCCUCGCUUUAGGGCUCCUCACAAAAACGCCACGGAGCCUGUGGAGAGCUGCAGAGAUCCCCCCCAGGAAAACUGGGAUUUGGAAGGCGCCGUGGUGAAGAAAAAGAAAAAGAAACCGAAACAAAGGAGAAGCCAGCUGCCAAGAGGGAUGGAGUUCUGGGAUGAGAACGGAGCAGGCUCCAGGGCUGCCAGGAAUGCUCCCUUUGGGGCGGGAUGGCAGAAUUCCGCGCGUCCCGGAACGCCCUCGGGAAGCAGAGCUCUGGACGUGCCGAAGGAUGCUGAAAUAACGACUGGGAGCCGUGUCCUGGAUGAGCCAAACGCCUCCCCAGCGCCAGCCCCGCGACAGCAGGCCCCGAAAUCCGGCGUGUUGGAUGCCAGACCCGGGGAGGAAGUGAAGACACAGGGAAGGAGGGAUGGCAGCUGGAUGCUGGAAUCUCAAGGCAAAAGCCAAGAGGGUCCCUCGGAGCAGGUGGACAAAACCAAAGUGCAGGAAUCUGCUACAGCAAAGGGAGCCACCAAGCCCACGGAGAGAGAACUCCUCAAUAAAAAUAAAAAUGAGAAGAGAGAGGAAAAGGAGUCCGAAGGUGCCGACCUGAUGGUCAAUCUGAGCAAAGCACGAACUCCCUCACAGACCAAACCUUGGGAAUUGCCCCUUUCCCUUAAAAAUAAGGAGCCUAAAAGCCCAUCUCCAGGGCAGGAAGCACCCGGUGACCCUGUCCACCAGCCUCCCCUGGAAACAGCAGCCGAGAAAAGCUGGGAGAAAAGCAAAGGGCUUGAAAAGGAAUCCCUCAAACAGCCUCACCUGGAGGCUGCAGCCCUGGAGAACAAGAUCCCUACAGAGCCCAAGGCAGCUGGAGAGAGCAAAACAGGGUCAGAGGGAGGAGUGAGGAGCCCAAGGGAUGCUCCUGGAGCUCCCGUUCCAGCUUUAGUUUCACCAAAGGCUGGGGAGAUUCCAGCUGUGCAGGACAGAAGGGCCCAGGGUGUUCCUGAUGCCCCCAGACAUCCCAGCCCUGGCGAGGCAGGGGGCAGGGGGGUGGCGGCAGAGCCCCCAGACCCAGACAAAGGGACAGGAUUCCCUCCUUCCCUGCAGCAGGAUCCCGGCUGGACACACGGGAUGGACAGGCCUAAAAAGAGGCGCGGCGAGGGGAAAGGCAAAAGAAUUAAAAGCAGCUGGGAGCAGAUGGUGCUCUCAGAGGAUGGAGGCAAAUCCACCGAUGGAGGCAGGGCAGAUGAGGCUGGAAAGGAAACGGUUUAUCCCGAAAAUGGCCAGGCUGGUGCUGCCAGAGGGCUCCCGUCAGCCAGCGCCGUGCAGGCGUGUCCUGCAGACAAACCCAAAAAAAGGGGCAGCGACGGCAGGAGCAAAAAAGGGGAAAGGAGCUGCUUCUUCCAGCAGCCUUUCCUGGAGAAUAAGAUGGAUGCAGGGAGUUUCCCUGAGGUGGCUGAUAAGGUGAAGGAGGGCAGUGAUAAGGGCAGAGAGGGGGGCUGUGUCCCUGCUGGGGGCUUGCAGGAAAAUGCAGCUAAAAUACAAAGGCCAACUGAACUGGGGCCGGAGGAACGGAAAGAAAACGUUGGGAAAGGUGAAGCAGCUGAUUUGGGAGCUUUAGACCGAGCUUUGCUGCUGGAGAAGAGCAGAGAGGAAGCCAGAACUCCGGCUCUGGCUGCCACCAUCAGUCCCACAAAAGAGGUGGAUUUGGUUGGGAGAGGCAGAGAGGCCGCUGGGCUGGGCUCGGAUGUGACGGUGCUGGCAGAGAAAGCCAGGAAGAGGAGCAGUGAUGGGAGGAGGAAACAGCCUGAGAAAAGUCCCUCUGGGCAGGCAGCUGUCCUGGGUGCUGGGGGGGAAGGCAGGCAGGAGCAGGUGGCUGGAGGCAGGAAGGAAAUGAGCUUGGAGAAGGGGAAGGGGGCUGGUUUGCAGGGAGAGAGGUUGGCACAGGAGCUGGGGAAACCCGAAAUCCAGGGUGGCAGCGGGAGCUUCUGGGAGCAGCCAGAUCUUUCAGGCUGUAAAGCAGAGGCUUCGGAGCCAGAAACAGGCGGUGCUAAGGAAAAUCGGCGUGUGGAUAAAGGGAAGGAGGCAGAUAAAUCCCAGCCUCUCCCAGAGCACGGGGCAGGGAUGCACAGUCCCACCAGGGAACUGGGGAUGGACAAGCCCAGGAGUAAAAGCAGGGAUGGGAAAGGCAAAAAGGCUGAGCAGAGCCCUGGGCUGCAGCCAGGUGACAUCCCUGCAGUGGGACAUGUUCAACAAACUCAGGCUGAGAAGGGCAAAGAGAAUUCCAGGACUUCGGUGGCUCUGCUGGGUCACCUGCCUGAUCCUGCCAAGGUACAGGCUCCCGCUUUGCCUCUGGAGCCAGGGAAAUCUCACACAGGUGGGGAAGAGAAACACAAGAAGGGGGAGCCUGACCCACAGCAGCCUCUUCUGCUGGAGCACAAAGCAGGAGCGGCCAUGCUCCCUCCUCCUGGCCCGGAGAUCAGGGACAAACCCGAGGCAGGAGGUGCCAGCCCUUGCAGCAGGGAUAAAAAUCCUGUGGCAGAGCAUCCAGCAGUGUCAGAUCCCAGCCUGGCCCCAGUCACUGAGAGAUCUAAAAAGAGGGGUUAUGAUGGAAGCAGUAAAAAGGCUAAAAAUGCCUCCAGGCAGGCUGUUCCUCUAGAGGCAAAAGCAGACAGGAGCGAAGCGCAGCCUCCCGUGGCGUCUGGGGUGGAAGACACAGAUUUGGUGGAUGAGAACAGAAACAUUAAAAACUUUCCCACUGGCCCUGAAAGACUUUGGAAUAAUAAAGGAAGUGAUUUCAAACCCGUGUCUCAGACGGCAGCAGGCGGCCCUGGAGAUGGGGGUGACGCUCCCUGUGGACUCCCAAAGCAGAGAGAGGGGAGUGCAGGGGCUGGGGGCCUUCCUCCUCCUCCUCCUCCUCCUCCUCUGGAGGCUGUGGCAGAGAAAAGCAGCAGAGAGCCUGGACCUGGUGCUAAGGAGAUGCAGACCCCGAAAUGCGGUGAGCAGCCCAUCGGUGUGGGACACCAAGAACCCGGAGGAGAGGUUUCACAGAGGGAUGGGAGAAGCGGAGACGCUGCUCCCCAGGGUGGCCAGCCUGAGGAGAAAAGUCACCUUUCCCCCCUGGCAAAGGUGGAUGGUAAAGAAAUAAAACCUGCUGAUGAAAGGCACAACACUGGCAAGGCUCCCUCAGAGCUUCCUCACGAGGCAGCAGAUCCCAAGCACAGAGCAGCCCCCGGAGCUGCCGAGGGGCCGGGGGGACCAGAGGCCCCCGUGUCCUGUGCAGAGGAGGGCACAGCGAGCAUCUCCCCAGCCCCUGCAGGGACUCCUGGGGGCACUGGGAGCAUCUCUGCAGCCGAGGCAGCCGUGUGCCAGGCUGUGCCAGGAGCUGGCAUGGACGGGAAAGCUGGAGGGGCCGAGCCGGGCACGAGGAGUGAGCAGAGCUCACCCCAACACCGGGGCACUGAGGCUGCUGGCCUGCAUGGGACAGCUGCCCAAACUCCCCAAAAACGGCCCAAAGAGAACAGAAAAGGUCCCUGGCAGCCUGCAGAGGAGGGCCCUGCUCGUGCUGGCCCGGCUCUCCUGAAGGACGCGCCGCUGUCGAAGUCCGAGGUGGAUAAAGACAAAACCAAAGAAAAGGAUUCGCAAGACACAAAGAAAGAAAGAGAAACUCAAGAUAAAAAUAGAGAAGCCCAAGCUACAACUAAAGAAAAGGUAUCUCAAGACAUAACCAAAGAGAAGGAAUCUCAAGAAGUAACCAAAGAAAAGGAAUCUCAGGAUGCAACUAAAGAAAAGGAAUCUCAGGACACAACUAAAGAAAAGGAAUCUCAGGAUACAACUAAAGAGAAGGUAUCUCAAGACAUAACCAAAGAAAAGGAAUCUCAAGAAGUAACUAAAGAGAAGGGAUCUCAGGACACAGCUAAAGAAAAUGAGUCUCAGGACACAACAAAGGAAAAGGAAUCUCAGGACGCAACUAAAGAGAAGGGAUCUCAAGAAGUAACUAAAGAGAAGGGAUCUCAGGACACAACAAAAGAAAAGGAAUCUCAGGACGUAACUAAAGAGAAGGAAUCUCAGGCCACAACUAAAGAGAAGAGAUCUUUAGAAAUAACUAAAGAAAAGCAGUCUCAAGCCCCAAGUAAAGAAACAGGAGAAGAAUGUGAUCAGAAGGCGGUGAAAGAGGCAAGGAAGGAGAGAGUGAAGGCAGCAGAGCAGCUCAAGGGCUACAUGAGACCCACCAAGGCGCGCGGGGCGCCCGCCCCGGCGGCCAGGCCAGCCCCCAGAGCCGUGUCCCGGCAGCUGAACAGAGCCAAACCAGAGGAGCCCAAAGCAGCCGAGGCCGUGAGUGGGAACGACAUCACAGCUCCUCCCAACAAGGAGCUCCCUCCCAGCCCCGAGAAGAAGACCAAGCCUGCUGCGUCCACCUCCACUCCCAAGGCGGCAGCGGCGAAAGCCAAGCCCUCGGCCACCACCAGCCCCAAGCGGCCGAGCUCGGCCACCCCGGGCACAAACAAAAAGCCCACGAGCCCAACUGCAGGUCCUGCUCCAGGCAGCACUUCCAAACGCCCCGGCACCAGCAGCACCCGUCCCUCCACCUUAACUCCAAAAGAGACUAAACCAAAGGUCGCCGAUGCGAAGCCCGCGGAGAAGAAAACCUCCCUCUCCAAGCCUCCAACCUCCACCACUCCUAAAACUCCUUCCAGGAGCUCCUCUGCUGCUCCCCGGACCACGGCGCCGUCGCCGGUGACGGCAGCGGCUGCUGCCAAAACCACGGCGGCCACUCCUCCCAAGAGGCCGACGUCGAUCAAGACGGACGCGAAGUCGGCAGAUGUCAAGAAAACCCUUGCGAAGUCUCCCUCAGCGGAUCCCAGCCGCCCCAAGAGCGCUCCUGGCAGUACCACCAAGAGCAGUGCCACCACUCCUUCCACCGCGGCCUCCAGCGCUCCCAGCGUGUCGGGGGCGGCCGCCAGCCGGCCCAAGCCCAAAACCGCUCCCCCCAAAGCCGCCACGGCCUCCACGGUGUCGGCGGACGCCAAGAAAACCACGGCCAAGGCCAGCAGCAAAAGCAGCACCGCCACCAGAGCGCCGCGCCCGGCCAGCAGCGCCUCCAACCCCGACCUGAAGAACGUGCGCUCCAAGAUCGGCUCCACCGACAACAUCAAGCACCAGCCCGGGGGAGGGAAGGGGAAAGUAGAGAAAAGGCCAGAGCCAGCCGCCGCCGCGCCCAGGUCUGAGCCCAGCGCGGGCACUAAAGUGGCUCCUAAAGCAGCCGCAGCAAAAGAGGGGGUCCCCAAACAGCCCAAUGGGAAAGUCCAGAUAGUCUCCAAAAAAGCGAACUACAGCCAUGUUCAGUCCAAGUGUGGUUCCAAGGACAAUAUUAAGCAUGUCCCUGGAGGUGGGAAUGUGCAGAUCCAGAACAAGAAAGUCGACCUUUCCAAAGUGUCCUCCAAGUGUGGAUCUAAAGCAAAUAUCAAGCAUAAGCCAGGGGGAGGAGACGUCAAAAUCGAGAACCAGAAGCUGAACUUCAAGGAGAAGGCCCAGGCCAAAGUGGGAUCUCUGGACAACGUGGGACACGUGCCGGCUGGAGGAGGCGUCAAGGCGGAGGGCGGCUCGGAGCCGGAGCAGCUCCCACCGCCCAACGGCGCGGGGCCGGGGCCGGGCGCGCUGCCCGCGGCCCCCGCGCUGCGGGAGAACGGCGUGGGGCCGGCCCUGGCCGCCCUCAGCGCGGCCGACCAAAGGGAAACGCAGAGCCUCGACACUCACAUCCAAGAAACAAAUUGAGUCUCACAAGCUGACGUUCCGUGCGAAGGCCAAGGCUCGGACGGACCACGGAGCGGAAAUCGUCGUCUCCAAACCCCCUCACCCUUUCCAGCAGCACCUGCCCCCGGCGUAGCACCUCCGCCAGCGACAGCCCGGGCUCCGUCGCGUCCCCGUCACCGCCGCCGGCCGCGCCCUCCCAGCAAGGCUUGUGACCCCCGGCCCCGCUCCGCGCCCCGGACCCCAGCUUGGCUCUCUUAACCCGGCUCUGGCUUUAGGUGGGAAGGGGACGAUGUUCCGCGGGCCGGGGGUCCCUCGGGGCCGGGCAGGGGCUGCCCUGGCUCCCCGUGCCCGUCCCGCCGGCCUGGGGGGACUCUCGAGUAUCGGUGUCGCGUCGGGGGCGGCUCCCGGGCCGUGCCGGGGCGGGGGCAGAGCGGAGCCCUGGGUGCUGAGGCCAGGCCGAGUUGACAGGGAUAAGCUGUGAUCUCUCUUUCUGUCUCUUUUUUUAACCCUUUCCCUCCUCGCCGCUUCAGUUUCUGCCGCCUGUGGGAUGCUGAUAAAUCCCCUCCACACUCGUUAGGCUGUUUUAACUGUUGACUUGAACCUUUUAUUCUUUGUGACGAAGUGUUGAUGAUUUAUCGUGUUCGAACCCGUGCUAAGUUUCCUUUUCUCUUUCCUUCUUUUCCGACCCGUAGGAGAGUAGGGACAUUUAACCGCUGCUGCCGUGCUGGCUUCUUACUGACAUAUCCAGCCGUUGUAACUUCUUUGUUGUUGUUUGGGUUUUUCGGUUUUUCUUUUUAAUAUUUUAAAACGAUGGAGCGAGUUCAUGGGAUUUAAGCCAUGUCUGGAACGAAAGGCACAGGGAUGUGUAAAGGGCAAACUUGCUGUGAGAGCUCAGGUGGAGCCUUGUGUUGACCUCGAGGUGCGUUAAUUGAUGCUCGAGAUGCGUUAAUUGAUGCUCGAGAUGCGUUAAUUGAUGCUCGCCAGCCCUCCCCGGGGUGCCUUUCUGCAAAGGUGGUUUAUUUAUUUAACGGCACGGCCCAGCCCUGGGAUUUCUCCCGUUUUUCCAGGGGCUGGAAGGGAGCAGGAGGCCGUGGCGGGGGCGGGAGUUCCGAGGCUGCAGCAGGUCCGUGGGGGUGUGGGGAGCGUGGGGUGUGUGGUUUUAGGGGUGAUGGACGGGGACCCGAGCGAUGCCGGGCUGAGCAGGGCAGGGGCAGCAGGAACGGGCGGCGCUCAUCCCGGGCUGAGCCCGGAGCCCGCGGCGGGGCAGGGUUGGUGCCAGGGAACUGCAGCUCCGACCGGGAAAGGAGAUUGAACCGCUCUUGGAGCUCCUCGUUUCAAAUGACACUAAAGGAACGAAAUGUAAAUAAAUUAAAACAAAAGGAAACAAAAGCGUUCUUGGGUGGUCAAACUAAUUUAAAGCAAAAAUAAUAAUAAUAAUAAUUUUUUAAAAAAAGGCAGAAUAAACAACAAAACACUGGGAUCAAAGAGAACUGAACCAGGCGUGUGCUAAGGGGGGCUGCUCCAGGAGGGGACAGAGGGAAGCCUGCAGCUUCUCGUGCUUGUGGGAGUAUUUCUUUGGGAAGCCGACAACGACACGAUAACUCGGAAUCUGUAUUUACACACAAGAUUCUUAUUGCACUUGUAUUUUUUAUAUUAAAGUUUGCAUGGUUUCUAAUAAAAUGGCAUUAAAAUGUACUAGUUUGCAUCAAAGUCGUCUACUAGUUUCAUAAGUGCUUUUUCAUCUGAAUACAAAUUUAAACGAGCGAUUGCAGAUUUGCACCUGAAAGGGGCGGUUAUAUAUACCCAGAGCCCUUCCAACGCUUCCCUUCCUCCUCCUCCUCCUUCUCCUGCUCCUGCUCCUCCUCCCCACCUCUCCACUCCUCUCCCAUCCCAGCCGGGGAGGGCGGCGGUGCCGUCGCUCCCUGCCCUCCCUGCGUGUCCCGGAGCAGCCCCGGCCCCGGCCCCGGCCCGGCGGGAGGAGCUGGAGCCGGCCCCGCUCCCCGGAGCCCUGCUCCUUCCCUGCAUCCCGGUAUAUAUCACUGCCCUCCCGUGACGCUUCCUUCUUUCUUUACUGCUAAAUUCUGCGCACCAGCUUCAGCUUGGCAGCCUUGCCUUUGGUUUGGUUGGGUUUUUUUGUUGUUUUUUUUUUUUUCCCCCAACACUCGAAUUGAGGGAAAAAUCAGAGGAGAGGAGAGGAGCAGGGUGAGCCCCUCGGCAGGACAGUGAGCCUGGAGCUUGGUUCCCAGCCUGGAGCUUGGUUCCCAGCCUGGAGCCUGCUGGUUCCCGGCCUGUGAGCAGCCAGGGCGGCCUUGGCACGGGCUGGAGCCGAGCUCCAGGCUCUCAGGCCGGGCAGGGCCGCUGGGAGCAGCGUUUGUGCCGAUGGGCGGCGGCCGGAGAUGUUCGUGGGCAACCAAAGAGGAGGUGGAGGCCGAGAUAUCGCCUUCCUCUUGCUGCUCUGCCUGGGCCACCCCAGGCCUGUGGUGGCCUGGGAUGCCCCAGGAGGAGAUUCCCCGGGUGCCCCAGGAUGAGAUUCCCUGGGAUAUUCCCUGGGGGUGCCCCAGGAUGAGAUUCCCGGGCUGCCCAGGUGAGGCCCCGGGCGAAGGGAAGCAGCCGGGUCCCGGUUCAGGGACUGCAGGAGAAAGGCAAGCGGCAACAUUGCACUUUAUCUUCUGAGAUUGCGAAAAGCAAACAAGCCCUGCCCCGCUGCGAAGGGACAGUGACAUCGCCCUCUCCCUGCACUGCUUUUUCUCGGAUUUCCCCAUUUCCCGAGCGCUGGGCGGCCCUGGCCGGGCGGUGGUGGCUGCGUGCGGUGCCCCGGCUGUCCCUGCCCCGCGCCCGGCCCAGCUGAGCCCCCUGUGCUUCUGUGCCACUUCUCUAACACUUGUUGUGCCUGUGUUUAGCCGAUGAACUAAAUCCAGAUACAUUAGUUUGCCGUGGCGUUUUCUAGGACAGCUUCAGUUUUAAUACGGAUUUCUUUUUUAAUUUUAUUUCGAGGAAGCAGCUGUACAUAUUGCUAGGCUGGGAAGGAGCCGUGUGCGGUGGGAAUGACUUUGGUUUCCUGUCUGGAGAGGUGGGAUGAGCUGAGACCCGAGACGCUGCUGGGGGGCCGUGCGUGGGAAGAGGCUGCGGGCGCCGGUGGCUCCACCGAGGGCCGGAGGCAGAAAUCCGGGGGGAAAUCGGAGUUGUGCUCCGGAUGAGAUGCAAGCUGAAUGUACGCGUUCCUGUCCCGAGCUGGCGCCGGGGGUCCUGGCUUUGGCCGCGCUGGGGGCUCUGUGCCGGGCAGGGCUGAGCAGGAUUCUCCAUCAGCAAAGGCUCCGCAGAGCUCGGGGCGAGGCGAGCGGGGCCGGGAGGGGCUGAGCUGCCCGAGGGGUGCCGGGGAAGCGGCGGGGCCGGGGCAGGGCCGGCUGCGAGCUCCGGCCCGGCGGGGCUGGGGUUCCUCCCGGCAUAUCAGUGGCAUAUGCAGUUACUUCGGGCUUUUUGUGCUGUUAAACAACGACAUUCAAGCAACCGAGUUCGUGGGCUCGAGGCCGCGGCCGCAAACUGAAUGUAGUUUUUUUCCUACGCUGCCCCUCGCGCUGUCCCCGCGUAGUGUCGGUGUGAGAGAGGGGCCCCGGGACCCUCGCGUGUUUGUGUUUAGGCAGAAUUUCUCGUUUUCUCGGAGCUUGGUGUUGGGGUGACGGGGCCUCCUGAGGGCAGGGCCGCGGCUGGGGCCCGGCAGGCUCCAGGCUCGGGAGAAGCGUUCCCCCGAGGCCGAGUGCCCGCGGAGCCGGCGGGUUGGGCUCGGGACAGGCUCCGGGCGGCAGCAGCACGGAAAGGGCUCUGAGGGGCUCCGCUUCUCCCUCCUCCCUCCCCUCGGGCAGCGUUCGCCUUCCGCCCUCCUCGCACGGCUCCCAGGCCAGCCCCUGCAGCUCCCGCUGUCCCAGAGCGCCGAGGCAGGAGCGAGGAGUGACCGCGGGCCGGGGCCGCUGCGGCCGGGGAGGGCUCGGGGAGCGGCGCCGCGGAGGGCGAUCCCGGCUCUUGGCUCCCUCCGUGCUCUCGGGAAGCCACUCAACCUCUCUGCCUCAGUUUCCCCAUCCGCACGGGUGGGGAGGGAUUCAAUUUUACCUCACCGGGCCGUUGUGGGGCGUGAGCAGCGCGUGACGUGUUCUCUAAAUGUGCCGUGUUAUUAUUAUUUCGUGUCAUAGGAUUUUUCUGCGGGGGGUGCCCGAGGAGGGGGAGGCUCCGCCGUCCCUGGUGGGGGAGGCGAGGGCUGGGGAGGGGAGGUCAGUGCUUGGUGUGAGACAACAGCUCUGGGGGUCCGGGGGAACCCUUCGGCUGCUUCUGCCUUUGUGUCUCCCCUCCCCCGGGGGCUGUAAGAGCGUCGUCUCCUUAGCAUCAUUUCCUGACUUGAUGUUGUGAUUCUUACUAUUGUAAAGGGUUGAAAUAAAGCUUCUAGAUGUUC